AUAAAUCGAGCUGAGCCUCGCCGUUGCGUCCGCACAACUCCCAGCCACUGCCGUUGCAGCACACAGCCCGAGCCGAGCUCGUCUUCCUCCUCGCUCCAAUUUCGUUUUCCCCUAUUUUCGUACAGAGGACAAACCACCCAUCGAUCUCCUCGCCGAGGCCCGCACCCGUCGAUUCGAGUAGCAGAACCGAUUCCGGAGGAGAAUCCGGAGGAACCAGGAGAUCAGGAGACCGCCGCCACCGACGCGUACGAAAGCGAAUGCAAGUCUCAUCGAUCCUUUACGUUGACCAUGAUUGAUCCUAAGUGAGGUUAAAUAAAACUUGAUAGACAUAGGGAUGACAUGAGAUGAAACACUGAGAGACUGAGAGAAACCACUGAAUGGAGCCAUGUUGCAUGUUGAUUUACUGCCAGACCUGCAUGUUAUCAGAUCUUGUUAAAUGAUGAAACUGGGUUGAUAAUGAGAUCAGGGCAGUACGGGAUGUGUUGGUGCAUGCGCUACCGUGGUGGUAGACAUGCGACCGAGCUCUGUCGUGGUGACAUCUCGGGUUUGGAUGGUUAUGGUUGCGGCUGCCCUGAUGAACCUUAAGGACCGUGUGUUGUGGUGCCAUCUCACCUAACCUACUUUCAGUACGACCACAUGAGUUUGUAUGGGCAAGCCUUAGCCUAAUCCCACUGGCUAACCUGGUAGUCGUCUGUGGUGGUUAUGUUUGGGGUGAGACCUGGAUUGGUCAAGACCCGGGGAUUUGUGGGCGACUAGUCGGGGUUGAGUCACGGCUGGGUGUCGGCUAUGACGGAGCCGUCUCUGGACGGUGAAGUGCGUGUGGGUAAAGCGUACAACCUCUGCAGAGUGUACAAUCCAUUCGAAUGGUCCGUGUCCUCGGUUUGGACAGGUUAUGGUGUGGACAUCUCAACUAGUUGAGCCACCUAGCCUAUGAGAUGGAUGACUGGUUGGGUUACCUUUAAUACUACAUUUGUUAUUUAUUCUGGUUGAUUAAUGGACCUUGGCAUAUUAAUCUGUAACUCCCUCCCCGUAAGGGUGAGGUGGGACUUGCUGAGUACUUUUGUACUCACCCCUGUUGAUUUUUCUCCAGAGGAUCCUGACUUUGUGCCAGAAGACUACGAGUAGAUCGUGUCCACACCCAAGCUGAUCGAGUGGAGCCGUGAUGGAUGAAGAGCUAGUCCUACAUGUCGCUAUGCUAGUUGUUAUCCUAUGGUUGUUCUGUGUAGCUUUGUGUUGUCACUUUACUCCUCAUGAACGUGUUAAAUAAAGCUCUGUAUGACUCUGGACUCCACUUGAUGUAACAUGUAUUAUGCCGGAGACCUUAUUCGGUAAUUAAUACAUGGUUUAGCCUUGAUCUUCGGGUCGGGGCGCUUCAGGUGGUAUCAGAGCCAUGCUUGGCUGUAGGACGCGAACCGGUAGUAAACGAUGACCGUAGGAGCCCUAGGAUGGUCAAUCCUUGAAAAUAUAUUACUCUUUAAACUUUAUCCUUGUUAUGCUAACCCUACCCUUGAAAAUCAGAUGGCGGAUGACUGGACCACCACCUACUGCAUCAACGAAGAUGGAUUCCCCAGGGUGCUUUAUGCUGCCACGGUGCGACUUGGUAUUCCGGAACGACCGGAGUACGUGGGUCGCGAGUUCGUGGAGCAUGGCACCGAAAGUUGUGAGGUCACUAUCCAUAUUGGUGCCAGUGAUAAGUACUUGGAGAUGCAACCCUGGAGCAUCACCAGCCACUGGAGCCCGUAUGCCGUGACACCAUUCAACUUGCAGCUCGCAAGGCGCUGCGGUACCUGUGCCAGAUGUUUGAAUGGCACUUGGGUUCCACCCCCAUGAAGUACUUUCCACCACUGGACCGUAGCCGUCCUGCUUGGGCGGCGAGGAUCCGCAACCUGGAGAGCCCCGCAGGGACAGAGAAGAACCCCACAGUUGUCGCUAUGUCUGGCUAUUUGCUUAGCCUCGACGAUUUGUGCGACCAACUGCAUCAGCAUGUGAGAGAUUUAAUCCAGCGUGCUGAGGAAGCGGAGUCCCGUUAGCGUAGGGCUAAACUGGCCGUAGCCCAGGCAGAAGCCCGAGCAGCCGAAGCUGAAAGCCGCCUUGCCAUGGCCGAAGAGAACCUUAGGGAGCAGGCAGAUCGCCACAGUCAGCUCCUUAGGGGUGUCUACCUAGUGGACCGUGCCAAGCGCAAGGAACGCCAUCCCAGGACUGCCGCGGAGCUGCCAAUCCUAGAGGGAAUUCCGCUAUGUUCCUCGUCCCAACCACGCAGGAGGAUUUCUGAAUCAGUGCCACCCACGCCUCCCGCAUCUCCCCGAGAUCCCGGAAACAGUGACCCCGAAGACCGUGUUGUAGGGUUCAGUAGUCGAGUCGUCCCGGCCGACCCUUAAAAGUCGAGCCGCGUUAUUGUAAUCUGUCGUGUCAUGUAUCCCUGCUUGUUUGAAUGAAUGCUUGUGUGGUGCUUGAAUGAUUCGUUUGUGUUGUGUGCUAUUAUACAAAUAUACCCAGCAUUAUACUAGGGGAGUCACCUAAUCUUGCCCUCCUUGACCGUAGAUGUCUCGUCGUUCGAGCCGAGUCCAGGGACUCCAUGCUCAGGAAGACGGUGACGAGGUCAACCCGAGAAACCAAGCCCCUCUGAAUGUAGCCCCUGAAGCACCAGAAAAUGAACAACUACCGCUGCUACCUCCCCGUGCCCCAGCACCCAUUGAUCUGGCAGCCAUAUUACAGCAGCAGAACCAACUCCUUCAAGUUCUUGUGACCACUCUCACAGCUCAAGCUCAAGGCAAUCUUGGCAACAAUAGACCUGCAAUGCAUCAUAAUGGCAAUGGCAGCAGAAUUGCAGAUUUCAACCGCUUGCAGCCACCUAAGUUUGGAGGAUCUGAUAACCCUAUUGAGGCAGAUGAUUGGCUGCGAGAAAUUGAAAUGAAGCUUGAAGUGGUCCAUGCAGAUGAUAGAGACAAGGUUUUGCUCGCAGUACAGCAGUUAAAGGGACCAGCCCUUGCUUGGUGGCAGAGUUACCGGGAAAUAAAUGAAAACACUAAUGAGAUGGUAUGGGCUGACUUUGUCAAGAUCUUCAGAGAACAUCACAUUCCCAGCAGUGUUAUGAAGCUCAAGAGGGAUGAGUUCAGAAAGCUUCGUCAAGGUGGUAUGACUGUGACAGAGUAUCUUCAUAAGUUCACAGAGCUAUCUCGUUAUGCCCCAGAAGAUAUCAAUGAUGACGAGAAGAAGCAAGAAGCUUUUCUUGGUGGGCUUAACCCUGAAAUCAGGACCUUGGUUGAAGUCACCACCCACAGUGACUUUAAUGCUAUGGUCAACAGGGCCAUCACCACUGAGAGAAACAGGAAGGCAGAGCUCAGUGAGCGCAAACGUCGGUUUGAAAGCAAGAAACCCCAGCAGUUGGAGAAGUUUCAGAGGACUCAGUAUCCGGCUCACUCAGGCCCGAGGAGCCAGGGUGCCUUUUCAUCCAAAACGCACCCCGGUUCUUUCCAGAAGCCAGCCCAAUCGGCUCCUGUUAUGAAGACCCAGAAUACCCUCCGUAACCAACCGUCUGGUGGAAGUCAAGUGACCGAUGCGAAGACCUGUUUCCACUGCCGCGAAGCCGGACACUACAAGGCCAACUGUCCGUAUCUCAAUCAGCCCGCCCCUUCUGUUUUCUCCAACUCUGUUCAAGGACCAAAGCAGCCGACUGGAGCCAACCGUGCAACACCAGCUAAGAGCCAGCAACAGUCCUUCGGCAAGGCAAAAGUGAAUCAUGUGAACGCUGAAGAAGCAGAGGAUGCACCAGGAGUGAUUCUCGGUGAGUUUCUGGUCCAAUCAGCUCUAGCCUCAGUGCUUUUUGAUUCUGGAGCGUCUCAUUCCUUUAUAUCCUCCCACUUUGUAGAAAAGCAUGACAUACCUACUAUAGCCCUUAAGAGGCCGCUAAUAACACGUUCGCCUGGAGGCCAUAUACCUUGCCACUUAGGUGUCUUAGAUAUCCCUAUAAACCUAAGUGGGGUAGUAUUCCUUGCCGACCUAGUAGUCCUUGCUUCCAAAGGGAUAGAUGUCAUACUCGGUAUGGAUUAG